AUGUCUUCAUCACUCAAAGGCUCCAAUAGCUCCAAAUUCCAAGUGUCUGAGUUCAUCCUACUGGGAUUCCCAGGCAUUCACAGCUGGCAGCACUGGCUGUCCCUGCCUCUGGCUCUGCUCUACCUUUCGGCAAUAGCUGCAAACCUUCUCAUCCUCAUCACCAUCUCUCAGGACCCAUCUCUGAAGCAGCCCAUGUACCUUUUCCUGGGCAUCCUCUCUGUGGUGGACAUGGGACUGGCCACCACCAUCAUGCCCAAGAUCCUGGCCAUCUUCUGGUUUGAUGCGAAAAACAUCAGUCUUCCUGAGUGCUUUGCUCAGAUUUAUGCCAUCCACUGCUUUGUUGGUAUGGAGUCUGGGAUCUUCCUUUGUAUGGCCUUUGAUAGAUACGUAGCUAUCUGUCACCCUCUCCGUUAUUCAUCAAUUGUCACCAAUUCCUUCAUCUUCAAAGCCACCCUGUUUAUGGUGCUUAGAAAUGGCUUGUUGGUCAUUCCAGUGCCUGUACUUGCAUCUCAGCGUAAUUAUUGUUCCCAGAAUGAAAUUGACCACUGCCUAUGCUCUAACCUUGGCGUCACCAGCUUGGCGUGUGAUGACAGAAGGCCAAAUAGCAUUUGCCAGUUGGUCCUGGCAUGGGUUGGAAUGGGUAGUGACCUCAGUCUUAUUAUGCUGUCUUAUGCCUUGAUUUUGCGUUCUGUACUUAGACUCAACUCAGCUGAAGCUGUAGCCAAGGCUCUGAGCACUUGUAGCUCCCACCUCAUCCUCAUCCUCUUCUUCUACACUGUUGUGGUAGUGAUUUCAGUGACUCACCUGGCAGAGACCAAGGCUACUUUGAUUCCAGUCCUACUCAAUGUGCUACACAACAUCAUCCCUCCUUCCCUCAACCCUAUGGUGUAUGCACUUAGAACCAAAGAACUUCGGGAAGGCUUCAGAAAGGUGUUACGUUGGGGCUCACAAAGGAAAUGA